UGGGGGGCAUGUGGGGAUAAUUUUAGGCUCCGAAUGUUUGGCCCUAAGGUGCCUAAAAUUAUGAUUUUUUGCGCUUUAAAUUUUGAGAAUUUUGGAGGCCUUAUUUGGUGGAAGGCCUUCUAUGACAAUGUUUAUGUCUUUGAGAUAGACGUUGUCCCAUUUUUCGUUUUCCUAUUAAAUAUCCUCAACUUUCUUGUCAGAGUUGUACGAUGUUCUCACCCUAUUAUCAUCGUAAAAGUUAUAAUUGAUGUGGAUUGUUGAUGGUUGAACGAUUUAAAAAAAAUUCUUCAUUUUUAAGGUCAGUACAUAGAAAACAAUUUAAAUUAAAAAAGAUUGAAAUGAAGACUGUUAGGCAAUUAAUAAUUGAUGAACUUGAUUUAAAUGAAGCUGAACCUUCUGCAAAAAUUUCAAAAACAACUAUUCGACAAAAAAAUAUGAAGGAUGAACAACUUAUAGAAGAUAAAAUUGAACAAAUGUUGGAAUCGGCAGAGAUUGCGCGCGAACCUAGUAGACCUUUUCCACCACGUGUCCGACUUAAAGUUGUUUACUCUGGAAAAUGGUUGAAUAUUCCGCCUAUCAAUGGCCGAAAAUUUGGGGCUAAAUAUAUGGAUCGCGUUGCUAAUGCUACUGAAAUGGUUACAAUUUUUUAAAAUAUUUUUAGUGGAAUAAAUGAGAGAGGGGGUCCUCAACUGUUUUAAUUAGGGUUUUGGUGUUUUCGAGUCGGGCUGACGUUAGAGUUAUUUUUUCGUGCUUAAUUUUUAUCGGGCCGGCCCGACCGGGUCUUUUUGGGCCAAAAUUUGAUGCC